CUGAGGUGAGAGACACAGAAAGCAGGGUGUCUGGACACAAAUAUUCCGGGAUAUGAUGUAGACAGCAUCCUUCAUACUGUCAAUACAUGAGUCAAUAUAUCGACUAAAUAGCUAUUCUGAUCAGUGUUUUUCGUCAACCCAAUAUAUCGGGUACGCUAUCUAGUCGCUAGCUAUCAUACCCGAUAGCUAGCUAACUCAAUAAAAGUGGUACGAAUUGCUAGGUACCACAAGUUGAUAUUGCCCUAUAAUAUAUUUUCAUAGCUAGAAAUUCCAAAGGCAUUUUUUCAUAUUAAACACGAAAAAAGCAGAAACCCUUUUUAUAAACUAUGUGAAUUAGAAGACCUUUUAGUUUAUACAGAUUUUGUUUUUUGUCUCUUAAUUUAAAAAUACAUCACUUAUAAAGUGAGUGUUAGGCGUAAUAAAUUCAUAGACUAAUGCAUACAAAGUGUGUCUGUAAAUCAAACUUACGUCUACAAAAAUCACGAAACAUUUAAUAAUAUCGUUCGUACGUAUGUGUUAACGUUAUAGCACUCUUUUACUUUUCUUAAGAAUAACCUUUUCCAGAAAAUAGGAAGGAAGCAUAAGAUAUUAUAUAAGCAGAGAUGAUUUUAUUGUAUUUUAAAUAUAAUUCAUAUUUGACUGUUUACUCACUGAUACCAAAGCUAGGUAUGUUGUUCACAACAUCAAAUUAAAGUUUUGCUACUGCUAAUAUAUUUCUAAAUUUUUUCAAAGAUUUUAACGUAUAACAGAACAACUACAAGAAUGUUCAAAGGAGUUUGUAUUAUAUUUACACUAUGCUGUUUCUUUGCUCACCAGAGCCACUGUGGUGAUGUAUCAGGUAUAAUAGCACCUUGUGUUGUUCAAAACUGGCUCGCAUGUGGUUUGAAUGUUGGUUCGGCUAUCUACAGUCAAUAUGGUCAAUGGAAAGAUGAUGAAACACGACAGUUGUUUGGUACAACAUGUACAUCGUCAUUUCGAGGUGGCUUUCAUAGUUGGAAAUGGACUUACAGUGGAGAAUUUCAAUGUCCAUCUAUUUCACCGACAAUUGUUGGUGAAUCAACACAAUGGGAGAGUCGCAAUGGAGCGAUAGAACAUGCCAUUCAGAAUUUUAUAACACAAGCUGGACAGGCCGGUGUUUUGACACCACAACAGGUACAAGAUUAUACUGAUGGUGCUGCUGCUGCUGGAAAACGAAGUCGAUUUUACCGACGAUUUAUGAAUUCAUAUCAUUUUGAUGAAUAA